AUGUCAUCGUUCAUUCAGAAUGUAUGCGAGGAACUGGAACUGUGCUACAGAGACAGCGAUUGCCACGGCGGUAGAUGUGUUGGUGCUUUUGUCGGCACCUGCAAUUGCAAUGCUUGCCUCGAUUUUUGGUUAUGCGAAAGUGACGCCGCUUGCGGUGGUCUGAAAGGAGCCUGCAAUCAGUCAACAAAGACAUGUGAUUGUUUGGCGGGACUCAAGGGAGCUGGUUUCCCGUACUAUGUUGAUGCACUCCAUGGUCUCUGCAACCAGAGGAGCUGCACCGAUAGGGAUCACGUCGAAAAGUGUUUCGGAUUGCCAUGCCACUUUGGCAAAUGCCAAUGCUAG